AUGGCCAUGGCUGCUCCUCGUAUCAUCUCCAUGGAAUUCUCUACGGCAGGAAGAGAUGACUGCUACUUCCGCAUCUUGACUGGUCACAGCGUCAGAUAUGUCACCGUUCAAGCCCGCGCCCUCGAUGCCCACUCACUCAUUGAUAUGCCGCUGAACUUCCAGGAUAUCCUGCCCGCACUGCCGUACGGCGAGAACCACUGGAAUCCUGCAUACAUCUCUCGCAAUGCGGCGACUGGCAAACUUGAGGCAGCCCUACAGAAGAUAGACCUCCCUGGCGUGGAGACGGUUUGGCAUCAGAAGAAGAUCAGCUUUCUGGACCUCGAGAGAACUCGGCAGCUGACUUUGCUGGCCCAGGAGUGUACAGCAACAGGGCCGGACAUUCUGGCAGGCGACAGCCAGUCGGAGAAGUCGCUGGAGAGUGGGAUGGCGAGUCUCAGAGACAAACUGUCUGAAGAGACCGGCGGCGGUGGAGGCUUCGACGCCGUAGAAUAG